CAGGAGAAUGCCAUAAGAAACACUUUUCUUCCUUUUGGUCUCUUAUGCAGUUAUGCUUAACUUCAUACUUUAUGCUCCAAUGUAUUGAGGGGAAGUGCUUGUCCUGUCAAGAACUGUUUAGUAUAAUUUAAGUGGCUUUCCCUUGUUACUUAUAAAUUGACUGAUACCUUUGGAAAUGAGGCGAAACACAUGGCGGAUACCUGAAAAGUGAGACCCUGGUUUCAUUAGAUAAUAAGAGACUUGCUUAUUGCCCACUGUCAAUCUGUCAUUGUUCUUUGCUCUCACUGUCAUUUCUUUCAGAUACUACCUUGGAGAAGUGUGACGCGGAGAGGACGAUCCUGAAGCGAAGGCUUGCUGCUGCUGCUAUUGAAAUUGAAAAACAGGUUUUUCCUCAUUCCCAACUCCCAGAUGGCUCAGUUUCUUGUUAUGUGUGUGACUUACUAAGAACAACGCGGGCACCAUCGCCAUGUGUAUUAAUUUUUUGCAGAGAAUGAAAUGCUUCGCGUGAUUCAGCAAGGUGAACCUGUCUUGACUUGCUGUGAUUACUUCGCCAAUUUGUAAACUAUAGAGCCAAAAUGGAGAACCAAGAAAAGAGUACCUCCUCGAUGGUGAAUUAAAGGCUCGCCGAGAGUGUAAACCUUAGACUGGAUCACCCAAAUACGAGAAAUUAACACUAUUCGCAGGCAACUAUAUGUCAACAUCUGGACUGACUUUGGUGUUUAAUGUUCAUAUCGCUCUGUCUGCUGGCCUAGUUAAUGUUUGGCUCCUACCUAUGUGUAUAUUAUCCCCUAUCUAAUGCAUCUGUCUAGCUGGGAGUUGCCCAUAGCCCCAUAUGUUGGCUAAUAAUGUAUUCUGACUAUGUUGGAGCUUGUCAAUUAGAAAUGUGGUCCAUGGAUUGUCAAUUAUGUUAAACAUUUGGGGUAAAUUUGUAGCAGUUAAACCCACCAGUCGCAUUUGCAAGUAUAUUGCCCUGAUGUUUGCUAAAAUUGUUACCAGGAGACAAGAGAUACAUAUGAUAAAACAUAAGUAAACGAGCUUCCGCUAACGAAUGAAGUGCAUUGAUAGACCUGGUUUAAAAGAGAAGGCAUAAAGCUAGUUCAAUUCGAUUUGCGAAUUAAUACACUAAUAACAAAUCAAACUUUUAUCGUACUACUAUAUUGAUCCAUGUAGUCAUAAUGAAUCUGUCAAAGAUGUUACUUUUUUUUUGGGUAAUCAAUCUCCUAAAGAGUGAUUAUUAAAAUAUAUAAAUGUUAUGGAAGUUUUUCUUUUUAAUUUAGUAGGGAAGAUGUUUCUACUCACUACUAUAAGUUGGGUCCAGUAUCCAUACAAGUUUAGUGAGUAGGACAGAACAGAUGGGGCCUCAUACAAAAUCUGUGGAACCCAUCAAUUAUGAGAUAGUAGAGAGAAUAAUCCAGUGCUGGAGAUCUUUUCUCCAUAGAAUUUGGUGAAUAAUUAGAGAGUGAUUAGACUAAUCUAAAAGUGAUCACUCACUUUCUCACUAAAGUAGAUUAUAGAGACUUGCGCUAAUUCCAGGGACAAGGGUUGUGGAAGAUGCACGAUAUACUUGGGAGACCUAUAAAAAUUUGGGCACCAAAUCUAGACUUCUAAGGAGAGACAAGUGGUUAGGAGAUCUUCGUUAUGAGCUUGAUGAUAAUUGGUUGCUCCACCGUAUGGCGAGGAGCACCUGAUAAUGGAUACAGUGUAAUUUGUUACAAUUUUUUGGAGUCUGUAACCAAACUGGAAUGAACAUGUUGGAAUUCAUUAGAUCACUAUAAAAAGAAACUUGACCAUCGAGUUCGUUCUUUCAACUAGUUUGAAGGCAAUUUAGUUGCAUACGGCUAAUAAGGUUGGAGACCUAGUAAGAUCGAGAUAAUGACUUUGAAUUCAUUGGUACACCCAAUUUCAGGUCAGGGCAGGGUUAACACAGAUGCUCUAUCUUCACUCUCCCUUGUUGUUGUUGUCUAAAUUUGGAGGUAUCACUAGGAGAGAAGCAGGUUUGCUUCACUACAACCUCCAUGGCCAACUUUAUAGGUCGCACGAUCACUAGAACCGAGUUGAUAUAUGGCAUUUUGCAAAGUCUCAACCUUGCUUCGGAGAUGGCUCGUCGCUAGCUAGUGCUCCAUUCGAUUGCUACUACCCACCACUUCCACCUCCUGUUUGCACUUGUACUAGGCAUCGGACAACUUCUUAGCACACAUUGUGAGGUACAACUUCUUCACACUUGUGAUUUUCGUGCCACAUUACAUCUUAAUCUAUUAGGGUGACACCUGAUUGGACUCAUACCCACAUUAAUUACAUCUUAAUCUUUUAGGGUGUCAUUUUGAACUUUGCUUUAUUUUUAGGAAAGAAGAAAACAUCCUCAAUAAUAGUAGUAUGGAGGUAAUUCAUAAAAAAAAAAAAAAAUAGUAGUAUGGAGGUAAAAAAAUAAAAGACAUCUUCAGGUACCAAGAACCCUACAUGGGUAUGGCAUUAAUUGCCACAUGGAUGAUCAGCUGUGGUAUGGAGACAAUGACCACAUAUCACUCCUUCCUCUUUUCAUUACCCAAGUUAACAAGCUGUCUGCACUGCAAUUUGCACCACAUAAUAAUAUCCAAACCCAAUCUUCAAACAGACAUUAAACUUUUGGUUUGCUCGAUCUCCAUAUCCAUUUAAAAACACAAAAAUAAAAGACACUACAUGUGCUGCCUGCCUGCCUCAGGUGUGUGUAUAGUAGAGAGUAUAGUGUAAUAAUAACCACAACUACGCUUUCAGUUUGUUAUGCAGCAUUUGAUUUCCUUGUCCCCAGCCCGUCGAUUGCUGCUGCAACAUGAUCAGUCCUUCUCCCUGCAAUUUGUCAAAUUAAUGUAUUAAAUUGUGUUAUACAUGUUUUAUACGUAUUCAGUUUAAUAUAGGAGGGUAUCAAACGAAACAUAAAAACAAUUAAUGAGAUGGUUCGGUAAAUAAUAGCACAUAAAGAGAAAUUUGAAGCUCAAAUACAUAUUAUACAUUUGUAAAUACGGUAAAGGGUGUCAAGAAUCGUUUGGUUGCAAUAACUCUAGUUGUUGGAAGAUAUUCAAUGAUUGAUCUUAUACCAUUUACUAAAACGUCCACUCAAACGAAAACUCAACUCAUUUGAGCUUGAAGUUUGUACAGGUUUGAACACCAUGUGCUUAAUAAAUGAGGGUCGUCGUGUGAUUCGAACACCAGACAUCUCAAUCAUCAAAGGCUCUGAUAGACUGAUAUGGAUAACAUAGUUAUCGGUAAUAAUUGGUUCUUGACAUGAUAGCAGAGCUGGUUUGAUCUUGAGGUCACAUGUUCUAGUCCGCAUGAAUCCCAAUUUUGACCGUUGUGUUAAAGCACAUGGUAUGAUGGACUUAGGCAAACUUGAAGUUCGUGAAUUGGAAGAGAGAUUACAAAAGUAGUUUUAAGAUCCAUAUAUUGACCUCUUCCAACUACUUGAGCUUGCGAACACAGGCUAGUAUUAUACUCAUUUUUACUAACAUUAAUUCUGGCCUACAUUUUUGCUAGAUUUCGUAUUUUCUUUUUUUCUGCUCCUCCCAACUUGAGUGUGAAUCGAACUGCACAUCCUUAUCAUGGACUGACAAGUUGAGAGCAAGUUAAAUCCUAUUGGCCUGCAACUGACAACGUACAAUAGCAUCUUUGCUUUGCUUACAAGUGCAAGAGAAACCUUGAGAGGAAUUCUCUUCUCCUGUUUAAAUGAUAUGAUAGGCUUAUACUUUGGACACAUUAUCAUCUGCGAGGAAGAUGAACAUAGUGAGAGGGAGCAAUAGGCACAUGAUGGGUGACAUCUCACUUACCCAGUCACCAAAUUGGCCUAAAAAGCUGUCGGGUUCCCUACACAUUUGACUCUGUCUCUCGUCAGUCCAAGCUAUUCCUAUAGCCAUCUCUACCUCUGAGGAUGCCACAAAUAAUAGUGACUUGUUGUGGGCUGUGGCCAUGUUGUUCUAGUUUUAGGAUGCACACAUUUUCUUUUAGGACUCAGAGACAUGUCUGCACGAUAUAAGCAGAAGAAGAGGGGGGAAACAGCAUCACAUGGUUGUGAAAAGGGGUUUGGAGGAUAGGAAGAGAGCCUCUUUCGUUUGUCAGUGUUGUUUCAGCAAUGGGAUGUGUCUGGUUAGGGACAUGCAUGGUCUUUUGUUUUCUUGCCUUCAGCUGAUUGUUCUUGACAGGUCUUAAAAAUACUAAAAUGCGGAAGUUUAGUUUAGGCUCUACUAAUACAAGAAGGUUUUACUCUGAAUUUUAAUUGGUGAGGAGGUUAAGGUGCUUCCUACCAUAACGACUCUUCUGAAGAAGAUUAUAGCCUGAGCAUAAACAAGUUCAGAUUCUUUAAGCUUCACUCUUUCCCUAAUGCCAGAGGAUACUUCACGAUUUAAUCCUCUAAACAGGGAGGGACUUAAUGGAACUAUAAGUGUUCGAAAGGCUCUAGGAAGUCAACCACACUAUUAUUGAAGGUUUCUUACCAUUUAAUCUCAUGUCCACUUCUUGAAAAAAAAAAACUUGAUUACCCUGGAAAUGCUAUGGUCCCGACUUGAAAAUCAACUAGCUCGUUGAAGCCGACGGAAAUUGAAAUGCUUGCCCAAGAGAACAUGGAUUGAAUAUAUAUGAUUAUAUUUUCAUGUUGAACUAACAAUCUAUACAGAGAAAUCAAAAGAUGCAAAUCAGGAAAAAGGUGCGAGAAUAAUGACAACAUGCAUUGAACAUAGGAUAUUAUAUUUCCAUUUUGGACUCACAAUCAAUACAGAAAAAUCAAAGGAUGCAAAUCAAGGAAAAGGUGAAAUAAUUUGUUCGGUAAAAGGAAAGAAUUCAAAUUGUUUUCUUGCCCCCAAAGGUGAUGCAAUAUAAUUCCCCCAGCCACCCUGACAAGGGACACUGAUUCUCAACCGGGGAUCAGCAGGAAGGUGACCAGGGAAUCGAAACAGUGAGGCCCCCAGUCAGUUGGGACAUAAUACCCGAUCGGAGAUGAGUUAGUUUGUGAUAGGGGAUUUGGGCUCACAAGUUAAAUUACCUUUUGUGUUUAGGAUUCUUUUCCUUUUCGGGUUUUUUAUUAGUUUUUAUUUCUUUGGCCUAUAUAAAGGUUUAAACUCGAUUUUUGUGACAAAUAUUGAAGACUUUGAAUAUGAUUGAUGCUUAAAUUCAUUCAAGCCCGACCUGAAGGAUCCGUUGGAAGAAUCCAAUGCUUCAAAUGUCUAGGUCGUGGCCACAAAGCAAAUCAGUACCCCCAACAAGAAAACACUGGUUCUACAAGAUGGAGAAUACUUUUUUGAGGAGGAGGAAGAAGAAAAUAAACCAAUGGGGAUAGGAAUCGAUUCUAAUGAUGAUGGUGUCGAUGAGCACAUCACUGUUGAAGACCCUCCAACAAGUAAGUUUCUUUGGUUCAAUCGUAGAGUGUUCUCCCUUGAAGCUCUAGCUUACCAGGAAUAGCCAGAUAAUAUGUUUCAUACCAAUUGUCUGAUGGAUGGAAAGUUAUUGUCUAUGGUGAUCGAUGGUGGUAGCUGCACCAAUGUAGUGAGUCUUGAUGCAGUUAAGAAGUUGGGGCUGAGUACCAUUAAGCAUUGACAGCCUUACAACCUUCAUGGUUGAAUGACUAUGGAGCCAUCAAGGUUAACAAGAAGGCCAAGGUUCGAUUUAAGAUUGGUGAGUAUGUAGAUGAAGUUUGGUGUGAUAUUGCCCCAAUGCAAGCUGCUCAUCUCUUAUUGGGUCGUCUAUGGCAAUAUGAUCGCAGAGUUACUCACGAUGGGAGAAAUAAUAGCUACAUGUUCAAGUAAGGAGAUUGGAAGUUUCUCCUCAAACCAUUGUCGCCAGCUGAAGUCAAAGAAGAUCAAUGUUAGAUGGAGCUUAAUUGAGCAAGGACAAAGGAAAUGCAAGUGGUUCGAAUUCGGAGGAUGGGCGUGGAACCCAUCUUAUGUUUCGAAGACACAUGUAGACUUUGUUGAGAAGAAUUCAGGCGGGAAGUUUUGGUGAUGGUCUCUUUUGCAGGAACACACAAGCUUUGAGGGUAAAGCUUCUUCAACAGGAAGGGACUUAUGCAAUUCCCUUGACCACCCCCAGCAGGGAAACCAAUCCCUGACCGGGGACCAGUAGAAAGGUGACUAGAGAAUCAAAACAGUGAGGCCCCCGGUCAAUUGGCAAAUAAUCCCCGAUUGGGGAUCAGUUAGUUCAUGAUGGGGGAUCCAGGCUGACGAGUUAAAUUAACUUUUGUGUUUAGGAUUCUUUUGCUUUUCGGGUUUUUUAUUAGUUUUUAUUUCGUUGGCCUCUAUAAAUUCUUAAUUCGAGUUUUGUGACAGACAUUGAGGACUUUGAAGAUUAUUGAGCUUAUUCUUGGUUCAUUGAGCUUUUAGCUUGUGAACUUGUGCUUUGUAUCAAUCGAGUAUUCUCUUUGAUUGUGGUCGAGCUUCUACCCUAUAUUGAUAGAGCCUUCUUCCAGGUGCGAGAUUGAACUUCAAUUUCGUCUUAUCCCUAACUUUAACCUUUGUUCUUGGUUGUGCGACUUUGAUAACUACUACGUCCACCGAUUUCGUGCUCGUAUCAAAAGGAGUUACCAUAUCAUCAAGGAGCUAGCUUACCAAUUUAAUGAUCAACCUGCUAUAAGAAGUCAUACAAAAGAAAGGAAAUGAAGUUACGCAAUACCUAUAAAUUAUAGUCUUUUGUAGGCUAGAGUAUCUUUUGCAAAUCUCUCUUUUCCCUUGUAAAACACUACCUUGAUCUUGAUAAUCAUUUACAUAACCUUGAGAACUAUUUUCAGCAUUGUGGCCGAAUAGUGCAUGCAUGUACAGGCAGAGUCUUUUAAAGCCACUUGGUUAAUUUCUUGGGGGCUUGGAAAUUGGAAUUAACUAUAGAGUUAUUUCCACAGUGUAUAGAAUCUGGGGAUCGAUCAGAUCAGUUGAGCAGGUCUUGUGAUCAAAUCAAAUUAGUUUGCGUAACUAAUUAAACAUGAGUGUAGGAAAUGCAUGCAUGAAUAUAACGAUGAAGCGGUAGAGGGCUUUGCCGAUUUCCUACGACUCCGCCAAAUUCGUCACUGUUCUAUCGACUCAGUUUUUUAGCUUAAUUUGGUUUCAACUUAGCUAGCUACCAUGAUUUAAUCAAGCCUCUGAUAAAUUAAUUUUUUGUAAAGGAGACAAAUAUAAUGGUGUGAUCAGUCAUACGACUUGAACACACAAAAAAAAAAAACGACCUUAUAGAUUAGAAAUUUUGAGAAUAAAGUCGGUGGAUAACUUACAUAUACAUAAUCUUACAUAACUCUCCACUUACUAUUUAUAGAAGGCAAUUAUUUUUUUCUCGAAUUUAAUUUAACAGGCUCUAUCUGUCUUUCAUCUUAAAUCAUAGUUGAAUCUUUUUUUCAAAGAAAAUCAUAAUAAUUGUGCUCUUCAAAAUGAUAACGAAUUCGAUAUAUUUUGGAACAAAGAAAAAUGGAGACAUUUAUUACCGGUCUAUACCAUGUGAUAAUGUUUAAUAGUACAUAAGAUUAUACCACGUUGUAUGAAAGUGUAUUAUGGUGGUAUGAUAUACCAAAUUGUAGAAUGGUUGCAUGCAUAAUAGUAGGAAUAUUACUUAAAUGACCAUUUACCACUUUUCAUUAAUGUCUACCACCAAUUACCAUGAUGAAUUGAUGAUAUUGGGUGGUAUAUUUGGUAUUGAAUACUUUUUCCUCGGUAAUUUGUAGAUCUAAUAUAUCAUAAUGAACACCUUCAUUCUGAGCAACAAAAAAAAUUGAACUUCUAGUUAAAAGCAAAGGUGGUAAUGAGUGGUAUGGGUAAAUGAAAAGAAAAUUCUCGAAAUAUAUUGAAAUUGAUAUUAUUUUGUAGAUCACAAAGUUUUCGUGCUACCUUUAAAAAAAAAUUAAAAUCCAAAGUUUAAAAUAAAGAAGAUAAAAUCCAUUAAAAAAUCAUUUAAUCUCACUUAGAUCUAGGGCCACUUAAAAUGAAUGACUCAAAUUUGA